AUGCCUUCAUAUGCUAAGUUUUUGAAAGAAAUUCUAUCUAAUAAGAAGAAGUUGAAAGAAUUUGAGAUUAGAGAUGUUAGUAUAGAUAAAGCUUUAUGUGACUUUGGAGCCAGUAUUGGUUUAAUGCCUUUAUCCAUUUAUGAGAAGACGAAGAUUGGAGAAAUGAAGCCUACCACAAUUUCACUAAAGUUAGCAGAUAGGUCUAUUAAAUUUCCAGUUGGGGUGAUUGAGAAUGUGCCUCUAAAAGUAGGGAAGUUUUUUAUACCAAUGGAUUUUGUAGUAUUGGAGAUGGAAGAGGAUGUACACAUUCCUAUUAUUCUUAGUACACCUUUUCUUGCUACUGUUGGAGCUGUUAUUGAUGCAAAGAAUGGAAGGCUUACAUUUAAAGUUAGGGAAGAAAAUGUUAAGUUCAAUUUGUUUCAAGCAAUGAAAAAGAAAGAUGACUCAGAUCCAUGUUUGAGAGUUGAUGUAAUAGAUGAGUUAGUUGCAGAAGUGUUCAAAAAGCAACAUCUUAAAGAUCCAUUGGAAGCUUGUUGGUCCACAACAUCGCUAAAGGGGAUGAAAUUGUAG